GGCCGUCCACUCGUUAGGAGCCAAUAAGGAUCGUGCCGGAAAUUACGAACCGCGGGCAUGUGUAUUCCUCGAAUUUCGGCGGUGAAGGGUCCUUAGUAUAAAAGCAACGUGCUCCAACGAUUUCUCACCGAUAAUCUCACGAUUCCACGCCUUGCCAGUAGGUUAUUCUACGACUCAUUUCGUCGAGAUGUUAAUCAGAAGCCUCUCGUUGUUGGUAUUGUGCGCGGUGGUGUACCAGUGUCACGCGAAACCGGCGCAAGUGUUACUGGAGCCUCUGUCUUUGAGUCCGGUGCAACAGCAAGUGGUGCUCGUGGAUGCUGCUAGCAAAAGGGAGCAACGUUCGCCGCAAUUUGGUUUCCCAAACGAAGGUUUCCUAGAAGACGAAUACGACGGGGAGCGUCGUCACAAGCACCAUAAGCACCAUCUGAAACGAGAAGACUGCCUUGAAUACCCUUGUGGCGAAUAUCCGGAAUAUCCACCACCUGGAGCGAUUCCAGCACCAUUCGUGCCGCCACCCGGCGAAAUUCCUCCGCCAUUCCUGCCGCCACCUGGUGAAAUUCCUUUACCAGGAGCAAUUCCGCCAGCUUAUCCACAGCCGUACCCUGAAGGCGGUGCAGGAGAAUCCUUCGCCUCGGCUUCAUCUGGAUCCAACAAAGGUCCGUUCACCGAAGGACAAAGUCAGGCGAACGCACAGGCUGGUAAUUUCAACGCUGGUGGAAAUCCCUAUACAGAAGGGCAAAGUCAAUCGAAUGCACAGAGCGCUAGUUUCAACUUCGGGCCCUAUUCCGCGUCGUUCAGCGUAGCUGAAUCGUCAUCCGGUGGUCCAAAGUUUUAA